UUAAUCGCUCAAGGCUGUCGUUGAUUCACCACUGGGCAGUAGGGGGCGGAAGAGUGGUUCACUUUCGCUUCAAGUCUUUCAAACUACAGAAGAAGUAAAUAACAGGCGCGCUGAAGUCUGAAUUUGAAUCAAGAAAAACAGCGAAGGCUGCCCACAAUGGCUCAGGGCCACAAGUUUCAAGACCUGGAGGAGACUGGGGAGGUGCUGGUGGCCUUAAUCAACAGCAGUGAGCCCGUAAAACUGCAACAAGUGAAAGCCGAACACCAGGCCCUUUUCUAUAAACACUUAGAAACAAAGAAGAUUGUGACUCAGAUUCUAAAAGCAGACACUGCACAGAUUGAAGAGAGCGCCGGUAAGAGGCUGCUGGACAUGGAGGAGCAGAAGAAGCACAGGCAGAAGGAGCUGGAGAACUUGGAGGAGCAGCUGCAGCAGUGCACAGCCAAAAGUCUGAUCACAGACUCAGAGAUACAGUUUCUGCAGAAUGAGCUGGAGAGUCUGAGGAAAACAGAGGGCAAACUUGAGACUCUUCAGAAGGAGGUGGAUGAAGACACCACUGAGAUCAUCCCAUCAGCAUUAUACGUGGCUCAGGUGUACUAUUUAAUAACCAAGAUCAAGUGGGAAUACGACACACCGGCCAAUAUUUUAAAAGGAGUGCACUAUGGCCUAGAUCUGGCCACUCCCAUCAACGUUGACACAUCAACACGCUCUCGCAGCGAUAUAAGUGAUCAGCUGUGGGGCUUCGUCAGCACCAAGUGGUAGAUGAAGAACAGAUGUGUGCAUUUUUUUUUGUCUACCUGUUACUCUGCUUGUUGUUUUUUGUCAUAUUAUAUUGAUAAAAUAUCUUAAACCUU